AUGGAUCAAUCACUCCUGGACUACCUCGUAGAAAACGAGCCUGCGUUCCGGAAAGCCCGUCUCCCCGCGCUAUACUCUGACUUCCAAACCCAACGAACCCUCAACCCAGAUGGCUACCAAGCAAACGUCUCGGCGUGGCGCCGGGCCCUCGCCCACAUAGUCCGCUCCGGUCGCGCCCCGGCAGGCCGCGCUUCCGCCCCGGACCUCUUUGUCCUCCAUUCCGACGAGCAGCUCCUCCGCGCGCUCGAGUCGAAGCAGUACGGCAGGCCGCUUGCGCUCGGCGCCGUCGUCCGCGAGGCGCUGGCCGCCAAGGACCUGAUCCCGCUGCGCGAGUUUCUGGAUGCAAAGGAGAGCAUAUACCGCCGGCCGUGGUCCGUGUGGAAUCUCGCCGCGUGGACCAUGAAGCAACUGGGCGUGGCAGACAUGCUGAAGAGCGACAGCCUGCCGCCGGGGCAGUUCGUCGUAGUGGCCAACGUGGAGGAGGCGGGCAAGGCGUUUGCGGAGCGCGGCGCGGCCGCACAAGCUGCGCCGGGGCGGUUCGAGCGGACCUUCUCCAAGACGCACUUCUACAGGACGUUCAACGACCAGCUUGUGGAGGGCAGGCAGCUCUCCGAGACAGACAUGGAGGUGCUGCUGAGGUUCUUGUCCCGCGACAAGGGCGCGAUCCUCUACGACGGGACCACCGUCAAGAUCCGAGCGCCGGGCGCCGACGAACCGGCCGAGAUCACCGACGAAGACGCCUCGGUCGCGCAGCUGAGGGAGCUCCUCGCCUCGCUCACCCACCAGACCGCCCUGCUCGGCCGGCGCAUCGAGCAGCUCGCCGCGCAGGCCAAGCAGGCGGUGGCCAAGAACAACCGGCUGGCGGCGCUGGCGGCGCUGCGGUCCAAGAAGCUCGCCGAGACGACGCUCGAGCGGCGCUUCGCCACGGUGCACCAGCUCGAGGAGGUCGCGGCGCGCAUCGAGCAGGCGGCCGACAACGUGCAGCUGGUGCGCGUCAUGGCGGCGUCUGCCGAGGCGCUGCGCAGCCUGCACGCGCGCGCCGGCGGCGUCGAGCGCGUCGAGGAGGUCGUCGACCGCCUGCGCGAGCAGAUGGCCGCUGCCGACGAGGUCGGCUGCAUCCUGGCCGAGUCGGCCGGCUCCGUCGUCGUCGACGAGGCCGAGGUCGACGACGAGCUGGCUGCGCUCGAGGGCGAGGAGCGGCGCAAAGCCGAGGAGGCCGAGAGGGCGCGGCGCGAGGCCGAGCUGGCGAGGCAGGCGGAGGAGACGCGCAAGAAGUUGGAGGAGGUGGAAGGGAAGGAAGCGGGUAAGGAGGAAUCGGCCGAGAAGGAUGUGCAGGCCGCUGAGGAUAUGAUGAGUAGGAUGUCCCUGAAGGAGGCGCCGGCUGGGCAACUUGCCUGA